AAUAACCACAGAAAGACGUCUGCCUCUGACUCAGUAUGUCACAUUUAACAAGAGGCCAGAGCUUGUCCAAAAUGGCUAUCCAAAAACGACCCCACACUUCGGUUGGAAGAUGACGUCUUUUUCAGGGAUGGUUCUCUCUCCGGGCUCACAUCUUGUCUGCCUACCUGUGUCCCCGGUCAUGCCUUCCUACGGUGUCCUUUAAUGAUUCACCAGCAAGACUGUUGAAGGCGUAACUGUCCAAGAUGCCCGUCCCUCCCCCUCCGGCGCCCCCGCCCCCACCGACAUUUGCUCUGGCCAAUACGGAGAAGCCUACCUUGAAUAAGUCAGAACAGGCUGGGAGAAAUGCUCUUCUCUCUGACAUCAGCAAAGGGAAGAAACUGAAGAAGACAGUCACCAAUGACAGGAGCGCACCGAUAUUGGACAAACCUAAAGGAGCCGGUGCCGGUGCCGGUGGCGGUGGUGGCUUCGGUGGUGGAGGUGGUGGUGGCGGCGGCGGUGGUGCAAGUUUUGGAGGAGGUGGCCCACCUGGCUUGGGAGGACUGUUCCAGGCUGGGAUGCCUAAGCUGAGAUCCACAGCCAACAGGGAUGGUGAUUCUGGAGGAAGCCGACCCCCGAUUUUGCCACCAGGAGGAAGGGCCACAUCUGCCAAGACUUUCUCACCCCCAAGUGGCCCAGGGAGGUUUCCUGUGCCUUCUCCAGGCCACAGAAGUGGUCCCCCAGAGCCUCAGAGGAACCGAAUGCCUCCCCCGAGGCCCGACGUGGGCUCAAAGCCUGAUAGCGUGCCCCCUCCAGUACCUAAUACGCCAAGACCCGUUCAAUCAAAUCUGCACAACCGGGGUUCCCCACCAGUGCCUGGGGCCCCCAGGCAGCCCAGCCCUGGGCCAACCCCUCCCCCCUUCCCUGGAAACCGAGGUGCUGCUUUUGGAGGAGGCUCUGUCCGCCAGACACCUUCCAGCUCCUCCUCACCCUUCUCCAACAGGCCUCCCCUGCCCCCGACCCCCAGCAGGGCCUUGGAUGACAAACCCCCCCCUCCGCCUCCUCCAGUGGGCAACAGGCCCUCCAUCCACAGGGAAGCGGUCCCACCCCCUCCCCCUCAAAACAGCAAGCCCCCCGUGCCUUCUACCCCGAGGCCUUCCUCCUCCUCACAGGCCCCACCUCCACCACCACCACCAAGCAGGCCCGGCCCUCCUCCCCUGCCUCCGGGUUCCAGUGGCACUGAUGAAACCCCAAGACUCCCACAGAGGAAUUUGUCCCUUACUCCGUCUACAACCCCCUUACCUUCACCAGGACGAUCAGGGCCUCUUCCUCCCCCGCCCAGUGAGAGACCCCCUCCUCCGGUGAGGGACCCACCAGGCAGAUCAGGCCCUCUCCCACCACCCCCUCCAAUAAGCAGAAAUGGCAGCACAUCUCGGGCCCUGCCUGCCACCCCCCAAUUGCCGUCCAGGAGUGGAGUAGAUAGUCCCAGGAGUGGACCCAGGCCUCCUCUUCCUCCCGACAGGCCUGGCGCUGGGGCACCUCCCCCUCCUCCACCAUCAACAUCAAUUAGAAAUGGCUUCCAAGACUCUUCAGGUGAAGAUGAGUGGGAGAGCAGAUUCUACUUCCAUCCGAUUUCUGAUCUGCCACCUCCAGAGCCAUACGUACCAACGGCCAAAAUUUAUCCCAGUAAACUGGCAAGAAGUGAAAGCCGGAGUGGAUCCAACCGAAGAGAAAGGGGUGCCCCACCACUUCCUCCCAUCCCAAGGUGAUCUUUGCCGGCUCUUCUCCACCCAAGCCCAACAGCUCCUUCUGUUGUUGCUCUCCAAGGGUUGCAAACCCUCCUCCCCUUGUCUUCCCUUGUCCCCUUCAUACUGGCAGUAGGGAAGAAGGGAGGGUGACAUGGGAAUAUGUGUGUGGGGGGUGGAAAUGCAGUAAAGAAAUGCACCUAGCUUUUUAUAUUGUGUAUAUUCUCAAAGCUAUUGCCUGCUUCAGCUACAGUCCGCCAGUGUUGGCUGCUUAGGGGUCAGGAGGCUUUUGUGACAAGGUGGUAGGGAUGCAUUGUGUCCUAGCUUUCAACCAACCAAAUUCAAACAUUCACUGCUAAUUUGCUACAGACUGUAAUAUUAAAGUCCCUGAGAGCUGUUUGCUUCCAUGCCUUUUUUGCAUGCUUGUCUUUCUGUCUGAUUCCAGGAACCACAGACCACCUAAGCAAAUUGCUGCAUUCAGGGCCCACAUAAAAUUUUUCAAUUACAGGAUGUCCAAUCUUUGGCAGUCUGAGAUAAAAAAUAGGUGAAAUUAAUUUUAAUAUAUUUUAUUUAACCUUAAUACCCAAAUUACUAUCAUUUCAACCUGCAAUCAGUAUAACAGUUAUUAAUGAGAUAUUUCCCAUUCUGUUUUGGUACUAAGUCUUCAAAAUCCAGUGUGUAUACUACAGUAAGAGCACAUCCCCAUUCAGACGAGUCACAUCUCAAGUGCUCUACAGCCCCAUGUGGCCGGUGGCUACCGUUUUGGACAGCACUGGUCUAGAAGAUACAGGCUAGUGCAAAAACCUCUUGUUUCAAGAACAAAAAAGGCAAGUUGAGCUUGAGCAAUUCAAAAAAUAACUAAAAAUAAAGUUAGGACCUAACACCUUGUUUGGCAGAGAGCCUGAUCUUAUAUUUUGCUCCUUUAUUUCCCAUCUUUCCUUAUUGUGUGUAUCCAAGUGUUGCUUUACAAUACCAAGGUCAGAAAUUGAUCUAACAGGGUUUACAGUCACAUGGAAUAAAGCCAUUAGAAAGAAACUGAAAGCCAGCUGGGGCUUGGGGACUCAGAGCCAGCUGCCUUGAGCUCACCUGUCCGGGGACCCCUGCCUUGCACUUCAUUCCUCUGCCACCCAGCAGGCAUCUCCACACCCGGGGAGGCUCGUAGGCUCUGUAGCUUUGGGGGAAAGUCAGGAAAAGGUAGUUAAUUGGAAAAGUGGAGGAAGGAAGCAGGUUUGAGUUGAUGGGCAAAACUCUAAAAGUCUAAAUCUGAUGUUUAUGGGGGUUGAGAGAGAUUGCUACUACAAACUGAAGAGAAUUUGUCUUGACUCUAUCGGGAGAAUCACUUGCCUUGGAUCUAUGCAAAUAAAGCUCCAUGAAAGGACCAUAGGGAUGAGCCAGGCUUGCCCUUUUUUUUUUAUGAUUUUGUUUACAAAACUUUACUGGGACUUUAAAUCUAGCUAUAGAUUUGGGGGAAAAAUAUUUCCAUUUAGAUGUUUUAUAUGGUUGAUUAUGUUUAAAAUUACCAUUACUUAUUUUUUAAAAGCACACAGCCACAUAUGUAUAUGUAUACCUAAACUUUGUAUCAUGGUUUCAGUGUAUUGUUCAUGUAUUACUGGGAGAUGCUAACAAGAAAUCAAUCCAAAGAAAAAUUUGAAAGAAGCAUUCCUAUUUAUAGAAUAAAUAAUUGUUUCAUUUAUAUAAAAGCAAAAGAACUUAGAGUUCUAAUAAAUGGGAUAUCUAAUAAAUUAUGAAGUUACCCAUUGAAUAUAUUGUAUUUUUAUAACUUUCCUUGCCAAAGUCCUGGGCUUAAUACGUUAGAGAACUUGGUUUUUCCCCCUCUCCUCUACCAUUCAUCUGUCUUUCAUGUAGUCAUUUGGGGCCCUUUACCCAAAGGGAAUCAAGAAAUAUAAAGGUGUAACAAACUUGGCUAAGUAUUUUUAAAAAGAAUUUUUUGGGUAGUAUAGCAGCAUCAUUUUAUUUGGAAUUCUUUGAUCAGAUAUGAACAGUUGACACAAAUCCCUAUGAUAAAGCCUAAUGAGCCGCUUCAGAAAAGACGGAAUUGGGCCUUACUAGCAAAUGUGGCAGAGAAAUCUGAUCCAAAGAAUUCCGGGUUUGAAUUUUGUUAGGGCUAGUAAGCAUGGCCAAUUUCCUUGUAUAUCCCAACUUUGUAGGUACCAUCCUAAAGUCUGAAACAGAGUCACAGCUCAAAGUUGCUACUCAUCCAGGAGAGAAAAGUUUUAGAAUGUAUUUAAGUCAAUGUUUCAUUAAUACACCUAUACCCUUUCUUUGAAAGGUGGCAACCUAAUUGCAUCCAAAACUGAAUAAUUUCUAUGCUAAAAUCUUCAACUAUGGCAAAUCACAAAAAUUAAUAUUUUCCUCCUGAAAUCAGGGCUUACAUUUGGGGUUUUUUUUUCCGUCAUAUUUCCAGAUAAAUGUAUUCAAGAUGCAAUACAGUAUUAACAUUCACAUAUCAUUUUAUAUUGAAAUGUAUUACAGUAUUAAAAUUCAGUGUUUGGUAUUUAUUUCACUAUGCAUUUUAUUUAGUAGAAGCCAAGAGAAAUGUUUAAUCCAAUGGUGCCUUACUUUGUGAUUUGAAAGAAAUCAACUUUUUAUGUCUAAGUAGCAGAUUAUUUGCAUAUUUGUAAAAACUGGUAGGCCUUUAUAUUUUAACUUGUAAUACCAAUUUUGUUAUUUUAGUAGCAGAAAAUGGGAUGAUUGUUAAAGCGCCCAACAUUUUUUGGCAUGAAAUUAAUUUUUCCCUGUUUGUAGUCAGGGACAGUAAACGAAAACAUGUUUUUCAUACCACUGCACUAUGUAAACAUGCACAUUUUGGAAUCUGUGUCAUCAGGACAGUUUAAAUGGUGGGGUAGAGACUACCCUAGACAUCUGUGUCUUUGUAAGUUAGCCAGACAAUAAAUAAAAGCAGAAUGAUAAGAGUA